AUGAAGGAAAGAUCUGGAGAUUUUUGGGAACGAAUUGUAGGGUUACAUUUUACAAAUCAGGAUUGGUUGGAAAAUUUUAGAAUGUCAAAACAAACAUUUACAUAUAUAUGUGAAAAAUUAAAUGAUGAAUUAGCUCCUCAUCCAUUAGCUUUCAGACCAAGUUUAUCAGUUGAAAAAAAAGUAGCUAUAGUGAUAUUCAAACUGGCUACCUGUUCAGAAUAUCGAACCACUACAUUUGAAAAUGCCCACCUUAGAAGAAGCAAAAUUAUAGCUCAAUCAAUUGCAGUAAAAACUGGAAUGGAACAAAUUAUUGGCGCUAUUGAUGGUACUCACAUACCAAUAUUGCCUCCAACAAUUGGCUAUAGAGAUUUUAUAAACAGAAAAGGAUGGCCUUCGGUCGUAUUACAAGGCCUUGUUGAUAAUCAAUAUUUGUUUCGUAAUAUCACCAUAAAUCACCCUGGUAGUGUGCAUGAUGCAACUGUCUUGAAAGAUUCUAGUUUGUACAAAAAUUGGGAAUCUUUAAUUCCAAAACACUACAAAACUAUAAACCAAAAAGAAAUUCCAUUUAUGAUUGCGGGCGAUCCAGCUUAUCCUUUAUUAUCGUGGCUAAUUAAAGGAUAUACUGGAACAUUGUCAGCCGAAGAAGAGUCGUUUAACACAUAUCUGUCUUCAGCAAGGAUUUGUGUCGAAAAUGCUUUCGGGCGUUUAAAGGGUCGAUGGAGAUGUUUGUUGAAAAGAUGCGAUAUUAAUUAUAAAUUUAUGCCUCAAGUAAUCUCUGCAUGCUGUGUUUUGCACAACAUUGUUGAAAAUGUAAAAGAAUCUUACUUAUCUACAUGGAUGAAAGAAGUAAAUGACCAAAAUAUACUAUAUGAACAACCUCGUCAACGUGAAAUUAUACAGAAUCUCGAGACAACCAUAAACGCAAAAAUCAUUAGAGAUGCUUUAAAGGAAUAUAUGUCCGAGAACUAUUGUCUUCGUCGAUCUUCUUUUAGAACAUAA